UAGAGAGAGAAACUAUUCUAGAGAGAGAAAUGGCUUCUCUGAGACAGGGCGUCAGAUGGGUUCGGGCAAUGCUGGCUCGGGCGGGUACCCUAUAGAGAGAUCCACAUCCCCAAGUCCCCAAAACUUUAAGAGAGAGAAGCAACCACGGAGACUGAAAUGAACUACUUCCUCUUCCUUCUUCUUCUCCCCCCUUUGUUGGUUUUCCUUUCAAAUUCGACGUUUUACCCUGUACCCAGAAGCAGAUUUUGCUAGAGAGAAGCUUAAUCUUCUCCAUUUCUACAGUUUUCGUCUCUAUUGUUCCUUUUUUCCCCCAUUUCGAAUCUUGUUUCUACCCUUCUGAUCGCUGCCAUUUGGGUUUUUUUUUUCUAUUUCUAACCCCCUUUUCUUUGGGUCUCUUUUGACUCUGUUUUUUCCCCCCCAUUUCUGUGAUUCGGCAUUGGGAAAAUUUGGAAAGUCCCACCUGGGGGAUUCCCUUUUUUGGGUUGUGUCUUCCUGUUUGGAAGCCGGGAAAAUCAGAAUGCCGAGAAACAGAGAUUUUCCUUGCUCGCCCCUUUUUUUCUCUCUCUCUUGCUCCCUUGACAGAACAGAGGAUUGCCCAUUUGAUGAUAUGGUUUCGUUUCUUCUGACUUGAUCAGCAUACACCAACUGAUAAUCAGUAGACCAUUCAAUUGGGAACUUCUCUUCUCUUCUCUAGGAUUUAGUUAAAAUUCCUUAAUAUUUCUUUGAUUGAUAUCCCCAACUCAGAGGCUAACAUCUAGGGAGUAAUUGGUGGUUUUCUAGUUACUGCUGUGAAUCUGGUGUCUAUAUGAAUUUUGUGGAACAAUGAGAGAUGAGAAUUCAAAGAAAAGCAAGCUUUCAUGGCCUAAAACACUGGUUAAGAAGUGGUUCAACAUGAAGAACAAGGCCGAGGAUUUUACAUCGGAUGAUAUUGCUUAUAGAGGUGGUGAUGAAGAGUGGAGGAACAACAGCUAUACAAAGAGGGAGACGUGCACUGUCAAGAAAAGCAAAACAGAUAGAUCCAACAAACGCCAUCCCGAUCGAGGCCGACGAGGCAAGAUUGACCUCGAUGGCACGCAGGUCACUGACGUGCAAAAUUACAGGGUUUUUGUUUCUACUUGGAAUGUGGCUGGAAAGUCUCCUCCUAACUGUUUGAAUCUUGAAGACUGGCUUCAUGCUUCCCCUCCGGCCGAUAUUUACGUUCUCGGGUUUCAAGAAAUUGUUCCUUUGAAUGCUGGUAAUGUUUUGGGCACAGAAGACAAUGGUCCAGCCAAGAAAUGGCUGGCUCUGAUUAGGAAGACUCUGAACAGUCUCCCUGGCACUAGUGGGAGUUGUUACACGCCUUCUCCCAUCCCUGAUCCGGUUGUGGAGUUAGAUGCAGAUUUUGAAGGAUCAACGAGGCAGAAGGCUUCAUCAUUUUUUCAUCGCAGAUCAUUCCAAUCACUGAGUCGCAGCAUGAGAAUGGACAAUGACAUGUCUAUGCCACAACCACGACUUGAUCGUCGAUUCAGUGUCUGCGAUCGGGUUAUGUACGGGCACCAACCGAACGAUCAUGACCCCAGUUACCGAUGGGGUUCCUCGGAUGAUGAAAAUGGGGAUUCACCAGUUGCCUCACACUAUUCACCUUUCUCUUAUAAUGGUUUUUUUCCCAUGGAAGAUGGAGAUAAUAGACAUUCUGGGCACUCGAGGUACUGUUUAGUUGCAAGCAAACAAAUGGUUGGCAUAUUUUUAACUGUAUGGGUGAGGAAUGAUCUCCGAGACGACAUCCGAAACAUGAAAGUAUCUUGUGUAGGCAGAGGAUUAAUGGGUUAUCUUGGGAAUAAGGGAUCAAUUUCAAUUAGCAUGUCUUUGCACCAAACAAGUUUUUGCUUCAUCUGUACUCAUCUAACCUCUGGUCAGAAGGAGGGCGACGAACUUCGGAGAAAUUCUGAUGUCAUGGAGAUUCUCAGAAAAACAAGGUUUCCCAGAGUUCAUGGCAUGGGCGACGAGAACUCUCCUCAAACGAUUUUAGAGCAUGAUCGAAUUAUUUGGCUCGGGGACUUGAAUUAUCGGAUUGCAUUGUCGUAUCGAUCUGCAAAGGCUCUUGUUGAGAUGCGAAAUUGGAAGGCUUUGUUAGAGAACGAUCAGUUACGACUCGAACAAAGACGAGGCCACGUCUUCGAAGGAUGGAAUGAAGGAAAGAUAUACUUUCCUCCCACAUACAAGUAUUCCAAUAAUUCAGACCAAUAUGCAGGAGACGCGAGGCACCCGAAGGAGAAGAGAAGAACUCCUGCUUGGUGUGAUCGCAUACUAUGGUACGGAAGAGGCCUUCACCAACUGUCCUACGUUCGCGGCGAAUCAAGAUUUUCAGAUCACAGGCCUGUUUACAGCAUAUUCUUGGCCGAAGUCGAGUCCAUAAACCACAGCCGCAUCAAGAAAAGUAUGAGCUAUUCGAGUUCCCGAAUCGAAGUAGAAGAGCUGUUGCCAUGUAUGUACGGACACCACACUGAAAUGAACUUCUUCUGAGGGAUUUUCUUUCCACACCAUGCUGUACUAAGCCAACAAACUCAUGAUCAAGGAAUCACCUACUCUCCAAGGUCCCCUUCAGCUUUCGAUCAUCGUCAUCGCACUCGGCUUCCUCAUAUAGGCUCUCUCUCUGCUGCAGAAAAGGAAAAAGAGAAGAAAAACUUGCUUCUUUUACCACAGCCAUGGCACCCCUCUGAAAUUCUGCAACAGGAAGAAGAAGAAGGUGGUAGGUACAGACUGCAAAUUUUUACAUCAGUAAGAUUCAAACUGAUGAGCUGGACUAAAUAAGCAACUUUUUUUUUUUUGGGUUUUGGGAAAUUGAAUUUGUAAUUGGUGGGUGAGGUCGAGGGAAGGUUUGAGGAUUUUAAAUGUAUUUUAGUUUUAGUGAUGAUUCUUUUGUGUGGUUUUUUGGGAAAUAAAAAAAAA